UCACUCACCAAGUCCCUCGUCCAUUCGCCGGCCAACUCCCACAGACACGCCAUUCGCACACCUCCAAUGGCGUCCAAAAAGCCUCUCCGGACCUUAAUAACCACGGCUUCAUCAUCGCUGCGCGCCCAGCAACCCGCAUGUAGAGCUUUCUCCGAAACCUCCGCAUGCUCCUUCUCCACCUCAACUCCGAAGCUGGUAUCCGAAAAUGAUCCAGAGGGAUACGAGCGCCCAAGAUGGCAACAAACUCCUGCGCGAAUGGUUGCGCCUUUCCGGACGAGGCCGCUACCUAGAGGACCGGUGUUCAAAGUGAAUGAAGACCCCCGGAGGCUAGAUGAAAUGUACAUACGAAUGUUGGGACCGAAAGGGGACAAGGUGUUGAGCGAUGAGGUGAAGUGGUUGGCGGUGACACACAAGAGCUUUGAUCACGGACGGAGAGGACACAAUGACCGGUUGGCGUUUCUGGGUCGGCGUAUAGUAUCGCUGCAGGCAUCGUUGGCCCUGCUAAAUUCCCCGCAAGCCGCACCUAUACCGGAAGUUGAUCAGUACGGGAGGAAACCAUAUAAACAUCCCGCGUUAGAUGGGCUCGCUGGCCUUACACACGAGGCGAAAGACAGCGAGUUGAACAUUGCACGGUUAGCGCCAAUUGCGCAGCGAUAUGGUCUGGACAAGGUAACCAGGUGGAAACCGGCGAGGACGGACAACCUCCAAUCGUCCGGCAUAGACGCCGUACUUUCAACAUCAUUGUACGCCAUUGUAGGAGCCGUAGCUCUGGAGCGGGGAGGAGAAGUUGCGAACAGGAUUUGCCGGGACAAGAUUUUGGCGCCCCUUGGCCUGACCUUCUGAGGAUAUACGACCAUGCCCAUUUUGCAUAGCCUUCACUGUGUAAUUCUGUCUCAUGUACCAUAUUGUAAGGAUGGAAGCCGACACGGGCCACGCGGGAUAUUAGCACGCAUUGCAUAUACGGCUAUUUUUGAUAUAUCAGGAGACGAUGGGAAUCAACCCGAAUGUUUACU